UAACCCUUUAAGCCUAGUUACAUUUCACUAUCAGAAGACCGGUUCUGUACAGACUGGAAUAGCGCCUAAUACAGAACUUAGUAUUUGGCGACAUCAUGUGGAGAAAUGCAUGCCUUGCAAUUUUCAUCCAAAGAGGCGUUCUACCGACAUUAGAAGAGCUGAUUUUACAGUUCAGCCCGACAGAUUCACCGAGAAUAAAAUAAAGCAUAUUUUGCGGCACAAUGCUUCGUGAAUGCGGGUUAGCGCCAGUCAUUCAGUGUUGCGGAUGUCAUAUCGCAGCACUAGUCAUUGAGUCACGUACUUCACGUAGCGGCUGAUUCAAUCGGAAGUGAUACGAGUGAACGUGCCUUACAGCGACGUGUUAUUUACUAGAACUACGCAUCACGCUAACACCGUAACGAGUGAGCAGCAGUGUGAAGACUGGAGAAAACAUUGACUGAAAAGACCCGUUUAUGCCGAAUUCAAUGAAGUCCUUCAUUCUGUUGGCGCUUUUACUCUCUAGCGUCCACGUGACGACAGCAGGAUCCGCUGCUCACAGGUGUUUCUGUCAGGUCACUGGGACUCUUGAUGAUUGUGCUUGUGAUGUUGAGACCAUCGACAGUUUCAACAACAAGGAAAUCUUUCCCAAACUACAGAAACUGCUAUCAUCUGAUUAUUUCCGGUUUUACAAGGUCAAUCUGAACAACCCCUGCCCAUUCUGGACAGACCACAGCCAGUGCGGACUCAAAUACUGUGCUGUGAAACCGUGCACACCGGGUGAAGUACCAGAGGGCCUUAAAUCCAGCAGUUAUAAGUAUUCAGAAGAAGCUAGUGAGGAUAUAGAGAAAUGUGAGAAGGUAGAGAAACUUGGAGCCGUCAACGGUUCUCUAAGUGAUGAGACACUUCAGGCGCUUCAAGAGUGGAAGAAACACGAUGAUGAAUCAGAACGUUUCUGCAUGUUGGAUGAUGAGGACUCACCUGAAUCACAGUAUGUUGAUCUCCUGCUGAACCCGGAGCGUUUCACCGGCUAUAAAGGACCAGAAGCCUGGCGGAUCUGGAACAGCAUAUAUGAGGAGAACUGCUUCAAACCAUAUUCAGUUAAGCGACCACUGAAUCCUUUGGCGUCUGACAGUGGAGAUGAUGGGCAGGGUUUCUAUCGCUGGCUGGAGGGCUUGUGCGUGGAGAAACGAGCUUUCUUCAGGUUGAUCUCAGGACUGCAUUCCAGUAUAAACAUUCACCUGAGUGCCAGGUACCUACUAGAUGAAAACUGGUUCGAAAUGAAGUGGGGUCACAAUGUGUCCGAGUUCCAGCUGAGGUUUGACGAGGAGCUGACAGAAGGGGAGGGGCCAAAGAGGCUACGCAACCUCUACUUCCUGUACCUCAUCGAGCUCCGUGCUCUGGCCAAAAUUCUACCGUAUUUUGAACGUUCCACCUUCAAUUUGUACACCGGCCAGCCAACACAAGACAACGAGAACAAGAAACUGCUUUUAGAGCUCCUCCAUGUGGCCAAAUCCUUUCCAUUGCAUUUUGAUGAGACUGCUCUAUUUGCUGGAAAUAAGAAGGAAGCCAUGAAACUAAAGGAAGACUUCAAACUCACCUUUAAGAACAUCUCACGUAUCAUGGAUUGUGUUGAAUGCUUUAAAUGCAGACUUUGGGGCAAAUUGCAGACCCAGGGCCUGGGAACUGCACUGAAAAUCCUGUUCUCAGAAAGGCAAAUAGAGGCCAUGCCCAACACAAGCAACACCAAUCCAUCAUUUCAGCUGAGCCGGCAGGAAAUUGUGUCUUUGUUCAAUGCUUUUGGAAGGAUCUCCACAAGUGUUAGAGAGUUGAAGAACUUUCGGUCGCUGUUGUCAAAGCUCAAACAGUGACUGUAAAAGUCCAUCCUUCGGCAACAGUCAAGAACUUGAUGUCUAUAAUCACAUGACAUGGCAGAAUGAUUUCCUUUGGGCUUGAUAAAUUACUGUUGUCAGAAUGAUGUUUUAUACCAGUUGUUGCUAAAUACAGUUUAACAGCUCUGCACUGUUUUACCCUAUAAGAACUGAGCACUGUAGUCUCGAAACUGUAAUGUUAGGGCUAAUUUUGCACUAUUUCAUGAAAAAUAAAUUUUUUGUAAGUGACAUGUUAAUAUAAGACAUUGAAUAGACGACCAAAAUUAUUGUAGUUUAAUGUUUUGUAGCUUCUCGGAAACUCAGUGGAAAUACAUAAAUGGUUUACAAGAGGGACAUAAAACACUUUGUGUAUUUUGCAUAAUAUAAAGUCAAGGUGGCAUUUCUUUAUAGGUGUAAUAUAUUUCAGUUUUUUUUUUUUUUUUAGAAUGACCACUUUGAGAAAAUGGAAGUCAAAUUUAUGGUUAAAAUUGCUGUGUUGUCAUUUUUGAAUAUACGCCUUAGCACCUAUAUUUUGUGAGCAUUUUGAGAGAUCAGUGUUUUAUUUUGAAUAUAUAUAUAUAUAUAUAUAUAUCAAUCUAUCUUUUAUUUUGGACAUUGUUUUGUUUUGUUUUUUCUCAUAAACACUCCAGAUGUGUGUAUUGAGUUAAGCAAGCACAUGUGCUUUCCAUUUAUUUUGUAAUGAAUGUUCAUGUGUCUUGGA